AUGACUGCAGAGAGAUACAAGACGGGAAGGAGGCGAUGUGCUGGCGUAGCACUCACUCUAGCCGUAUGCCUUGCCUUGGGCGAGAACGCUUUUCUGGAAGCUCCAGGCCGCUCGAUUGCUGAUGGUCGUCACCACAGCCGAAGGAGGCUUUUCGAGCUAGGCGCCGGUGCACUGCUUUUCCCUGCGGAGGGCGCUAAAGCACUUGGUGUCGCCUUCGAUUAUCGCGCGUUGGAUGAGAUUCAAGAACCAACCAGGAAGCCUGUGGGAGAUGUGACCUCCGAGAAGGCACAGAAGGCGAUCGGCCUGAUCAAAGAGUGCCGUGAAAAGAUCAAGUCCUUAUUGACGAAGUUCACGGCGAAUCCAGAAGUCGAUUUCACCCCGUACUUCGAUACGCAGCCUGACAAAAUCCGCGCAGCCAUGGAUGACAUCUAUGAUCUGCUCGAUCAGGACUCACGGCCGGACGCUGAGCGCGUGGGCAGAAUCAUGCUGGCUGCACGAUACAACAUCAUUGGGGCAUCGUCUGGUGUGAACAACAUGAAACCCGACAUCAAUAGAUUGGUCCCAGAAGAGCAGGUGAAGUACAACAACAAGAUGGUGGAUUUUCUGCGAGCUGCAGAUCGAUUACUUAAGUACGUUUCUUGA